CACCUAUCAGUACAGAGACGACUGUUCUCAAACUAGACUAAGCCGUCCAGACGAACCUCCACAAAAUAUUUCCAUCGCCACCAGUUGCAUGGAUGAAUGCGUUGAACAUGAGAACAUUACACUAACCUGUUCAGUUGUCGAUGGCAUACAAUGGUCGGUCAUUAUAUUGGAGACACAGGGAACGGAUCUGAAUACCACUGCUAACUGGACACAUACGUAUAAUGCGCAGCUAAAUGUUAGCGGAAGCGUCAGCCUAACCUUGUCACGUGAUGAUGACAACAAAAUAUUCACGUGCCGUGUCGAAAACCAAAAUGACAGCAUUGGUCAGCAGAACUUUACACUGAGAGUAUUGUAUCGGCCUAUUGUGGAUGUUCCAAAUAAUGUUGAAGUCAACGAAACAGAUGAGGUUAUAAUACAGUGUAACGUGUCGUCAAAUACCCAAACAGGUGUGACAUGGUCGGGACCAAAUGGCAAUGAGCUAUCAACAGGAACGACCUUGAACAUCAGUGAUAUAGGGCGUGCUGCCAUUGGUAAUUACACGUGCAGAGCUGAGAACGACAUUGGCAACGAUUUCGUCACAUCUAGGAUAUUUAUAAACGCACCUCCGAAAAUGUGUCUUUAUCUACAUGGAUUCACAGACCAACACCAAACUGUAACAAUGAGAUGUGCGGCCUCUGGAAUCCCGACUCCGAAUAUCACCUGGUUUAAAGACUCUAAACGUAUCAACUCAAAUUCUUCCAAACACAGCCUUACAUCUAUGAUCAGCCCUGCCAACCCGUACCUAGUGUUAAGCACACUGACAGUCUCUGAUGUGGGAGAGGGUGACGUUGUGGGACACACAUGUAGCAUUGAAAACAAACACGGAAACAUUCAGAAAACGUUCAGAAUUCGUCGGAAGUUAAACUGUAGAUGUCGAAGACGUUACUUAAAGAAUCGUGUUCCCGUAAAUUACACGCAGGAUGAGUUACAACAAGAAAUGGAAAAAACAAGAGAAGAGCUGAUAGUGAAAAACCCAACACAAAAAAUUAUGAAAAGAAUAUGUGCCAACGACAAACGUACAGCUGCAAAAUAUAUUGGGGUGCUAGGCGUUGUUGUCAUCGCUGGCGCACUCAUAUUGAUCAUUGGAUUAGACCUUCAUGGAUAUUUUUAUAACAUCAAGGCAAACGUUAAACCCAAGAAAAAAAAGAAGAACCAGAGCAAGAAAACAAAUCUUGAGAAACAGAGAAACUCUUGUUCUGAUGACAACCAGAUCUUGAGAUCUAAUAAAAUUGCACCGGUACCAUACAUCUUGAAUCAAUGCAAUAAAAACAAACAGUCCUCUGAAUCCCAGAACAAUGAAAUAACAUCAGCAUCGUGGGACAACCAGCAACCGACUUCAUCACAGGACAACCAACAACCGACUUCAUCACGGAGCAACAAACAACAACCUUCAUCACGGAGCAACAAACAACCACCUUCAUCACGGAGCAACAAACAAUCACCUUCAUCACGACACAACUAACAACAACCUUCAUCACGGAGCAACUAACAACAACCUUCAUCACGGAGCAACUAACAACAACCUUCAUCACGGAGCAACAAACAAUCACCUUUAUCACGGAGCAACAAACAAUCACCUUUAUCACAAUACAACUAACAACCGAUUUCAUUACAAGACAACCACGACCAACUUCAUCACAAGACAACCAACAACCAUGUUGAUCAUAAUACAACCACCAACCAUGUUCAUCACAAGACAACCAACAACCGACUUAAUCACAAGACAAUCAGCAAUUAUUUGUAUCACAGGACAAUCAACAACCGACUUCAUCACGGAGCAACCAACAACAACCUUUAUCACGACACAACCAACAACCACCUUCAUCACAAGACAACUAACAAUU